UAGCUUGCUGCCGCUUUCAGGGGUAGCAUGUAGAUGAGAGCCGGAGACUCGAAGCAGGCUACUGGAGGUGACUUUCCUAAGUAGCAGAGACAGAAAGAGGACUUUCGGCGACAACAUGGAUGUGUGGAGUGCCUUGGAGGUGUAUAAGGAGAUGGUCCUGCUGUACCUGGAGGAGGGCCGGCGGCAGGUCAACUCCCGCUGCGUGGACCUGGAGCCGUGGCAGAUCAUCGGAGCGACGGUCAUCACCACACUGGGAGCGGUCUGGAUCAAAGCCUUCCUCUUCCAGCGAGAAAGUCUUCCGUCCCGAAUCAAGAAGCUGUGCUUUCGAAUCUUCAGAAAAAUACCCUUUGUUGGCGCAACAAUCCAGAGCCAGCUCAACAAGGCGUUGGAUGAUAUGUCUGUCAGUCUGUGCACUUUGAAGGAGGGGAUGAGCUACACCAAACAGCUGCCCUCUAAAGGCCUCUCUCAGAGCCAAGUGCUGGAGAAAAUCAGAGAGUACGAGACUCUGAAUGAGGUGAAGUGGGAGAAAGGAUGUGUUUCGGGGGCCGUGUACUGGGGUGAUGAAUCACUGACCAAUCUCCUGGUGAAGGUAUAUGGAGAUUUUGCAUGGAGCAACCCACUCCACCCAGACAUCUUUCCUGGCGUGAGAAAGAUGGAGGCAGAGGUUGUCAGAAUGGCUUGCACGCUUUUCCACGGCGGACCCAACUCCUGUGGCACAGUUACUUCAGGAGGAACUGAGAGCAUUCUGAUGGCCUGCAAGGCGUACAGAGACAUGGCUUAUGAACGGGGUGUCAAAUAUCCUGAAAUUCUUGCUCCUGUGAGCGUCCACGCAGCCUUCGACAAAGCAGCGCAUUAUUUUGGGAUGAAGCUUGUUCACGUCCCCCUUGACAAGAAAACCAUGCAAGUAGACGUGAAGGCUAUGAGGAGAGCCAUCAACAAGAACACCGCCAUGCUCGUGUGCUCGACGCCUCAGUUUCCACAUGGAAUCAUGGAUCCCGUUGAGGAAGUAGCCAAGCUGGCUGUGCGCUACAACCUCCCGCUGCAUGUGGAUGCCUGUCUGGGAGGUUUUCUCAUUGUCUUCAUGGCCAAGGCUGGUUACCCACUCGCACCGUUCGACUUCAGGGUAAAAGGUGUUACCAGCAUCUCUGCUGACACCCACAAGUAUGGCUACGCCCCCAAAGGUUCCUCAGUGAUCCUCUACAGUGAUAAGAAGUACCGUCACUACCAGUACUUUGUAGCUCCAGACUGGCAGGGCGGGAUCUAUGCCUCGCCCUCUGUUGCAGGCUCCAGGCCUGGAGGCAUCAUCGCCGCCUGCUGGGCAACCAUGAUGCACAUGGGGGAGAAUGGAUACAUAGAUGCCACCAAGAAGAUCAUCACUACAGCCCGCAAAAUCAGAAAAGAAGUCUGCAAGAUAAAUGGUGUGUUUGUCUUUGGGGAGCCAGAGGUGUCAGUGGUGGCAAUAGGGUCAGAUGUUUUUGAUAUUUUCCGUCUGUCUAAUGCGCUGACGACAAAGGGCUGGAAUCUGAACACACUGCAGUACCCAUCCAGCAUCCACAUUUGUUGCACAGUUCUGCACACACAGUCGGGCGUUGCUGAUCAUUUUGUCCGUGAUGUCAAAGAGCAGGUGGCCAUCAUCAUGAAGAACCCCAAAGAGAAAACCACAGGAAUGGGAGCGAUCUACGGCAUGGCCCAGUCCAUCCCAGACAGAUCCAUGGUGACGGAGAUCUCCCGAGGUUUCCUGGACUGUCUCUACAGCACUGAGGUGUCCAAGUCAAACACCAACCACAUGAACGGCAACGGCAAAGCUCACUGAGGCAGGAUUGGGCCCUCCUGGCCUGACCCCUCCGCACGCAGGGAAACCCACUCGCCUCCUCCCAGAGCCCCCGAGCUAAAGGCUCAACGGUUGCCUUAUCUUGCAUACCUUCACCAUACUGAAAACAUCUGCAAAGAUCUUUCAAGCACAAGCCAUCGUCAUUUUAAAUCGCUUGUAACAUUGUGCCUAAGUGGCACGGAGAAGAAAUGACUGGUUCCAAACAAGUUUGUCUUUUCCUUUGAUUUUAUUAAUGUAGGGGAAGUGUGUGUGUGUGAGUUUGUGUGUGUGUGUGUUUAUUGUAUUUGUUUUAAAAGUUCAUUUCAAUUUCAGCUUUUGGUAAACGUGUAUGUCUGUCAUAAUCUCAACCGAUUUACAUAGCAAAACCAUUCCUUUUUUAAUUAGAUAUUUUUUUUUACUGCCGGAACAUUUCAGCUUGUUUCCAUCACCGCAUCACUAUCUGUCAUGACUCAGCAAAAACACAGACCACUGAUAGCUUGUUAGAAACGCUUUGCUGCCCUCUAGCAUGAAAGCGGAUGUACUGCUUUAGACUGACUCGAAGUGCAGAGGCUUGACGAAGGUGAAAGCUAUCAUCAUCAUCAUCAUCCCUAUCAUGUCAUAGUUCUCUAGAAGACAGCAUUUUUUUUUUAUGUAAAAGCACUGCAAUGCCCUGAAUAUAACAUAUCAGGUUAAUCUGUGAAUCACUUGAAACAUCAGCUCUCAUGUUAUAGUAGGAGUUUGUCUGGAAGCAUGAAGAUGCAUGUCCUUAUUUGUUAGCACUUAGUAUGAUGAAAUUUGUUUUGUUUAAGUCUGCAUUCGUGGACCAUCUGCAGUAAUGGCAUUUGUAGACGGAGGGAGAGAGAUUUGGAUAGUGGGAGCUUUUAAUAUAAUUAAUAUCCAAUACAAUUGUAACCAGGCCAUGAAUAUUUUGAAAGUGGCUAGUAGAAUCCAAUGUUUUUUGGCCAUUUUGGUUAUAUGUAAUUUGGUACAGAUUCGGUACUUACACUCAGUAGCUUGCUUGUAAAGUAAAGCAAUGACAUUUAACAGACUUUAACAGAGCGGACUGAAGGCUGUUUCCAACUCUGCCCUACUGUAUUUUAUCAAGAAGCAGAAACUCAAUAUUUCCUGCAUAGUCACCUGUGUAACACUUGUUUUAAUCAUUUGUCUCCUAAUUCAAUCUACCUCAGUUUCUACUUAAUGUAUAUGUCAAUUCAUUCAUCCACUGAAACACAUUCUAACAGGGGAACUGUGUUUGCCCCCCCCCCCCUCCCUUUCUAAUACAAUAAACUUCACAAUGUUAGGCAUUUAACAAACUGUUAAAGUGUUCUUAGGUAAACUGAUACUGAAAGGAAACAGAUCCACUAUGAUGGAGGUUUUUGAUCCACAGACUGACAGCUUUGAUAGUUCUAUGUUGGGAGAAACCCACUCUGCCUGAAUGUGGCUAUAUUUUUGGUAAAUAUCCAUUCAGCAGGAUAUUUACACAUUUACUUACAGGUUGACAGCUUAAUGGUGCAUUCUCUAACACCAAAACGACCUUGUCUUGGUCUCUUUCUUUCAUUUACUUUCCUAAUAUUGCUUGUUGAAAUUGUUUAUUUCCAUUAGAUUAAUUCCAUGUUUGUGCAAUAUAUAACUUUUCCUUUGAUAAAGUGAAACGGAGGGGAAUGCUCUACUAUAAAUGUUUAAGAGACAAGUCAGAAGCAUUUGAUUUAAUGACAGUUUAUUGGCCUUGUUAGUGUAAUUUAACCAUUUGUGUGACCACUGGGUGUUUUUUUUUUUUGUUCACUUAAUUGGUGAGUGUUUGUGUUUUCAGCUAUUGUUUUUACAUGCUGAGCAGUUUUAAAGAGAUUAGACAUGAAUGUAUUAAGGUUCUUCUUACAUUUGAGGAUUUUAGUCAGUACCUGGUUAAAAGACUGAUAACAGACCGAGGACAUAACAUCCCCAUUAGCUAUUGAAGCUUAAAUCAUGUGUCCAUGCAUCCAUCCUUCAAUACUGUGCCCAGUGACAGGGUGUGGAAACCCUUACCCAUGCAAAAAAAAAAAAAAAAAAAAAAAAAGACUGUUCCAGCCAUGACAUUUGCUUUGGAGAAAUAUCUUGUGACGAUUUAAUGGCAAAGAAAUCUCUUGAAAAAAAACGUUUAAUGCAAAUCCGUCUUUAAGCAAAGUGAAUAGGAACUGUAACGGAGGAAAUCUCAAUUGGGACAUUAUGUAGCAAUAAUGAGCGUUCACCUCUGUGCCUUCAGAGGUUUGAACUUGUGACGUCAUAGCAGAUUUUCUCUCCAACAUCCUCAGGGGUUUGGCUUCAUAACUACAUCAUUAAGCUCCACUCGUCUUUCAAACAUGCAUGUAGUGGACAAAGUAACACAUAAACACCUUAAAAUGUAUGAUGCAAACAAAUAGAACCUUACAUUAGUUUUGAAAUGUUUCAUUUGGUUGAUAAUGUCAGAAGCCUUAUCCAUUGUAACCAGUGCUUUGAAUUUCUCGAUGGCAUUUAAGUGUAAAGUUCUUUUUUUACUUCUGUCCACCCCUGUACUCUUUGUCAUCAUGUGAGGUUCUGAAUGUAUAAGGUUUAAAGAUUUGUCUUUUUGUCAGAGAGCAUGUUUGAGUCAGGAAGCACCUGCCGGUCUAACGUGAUCCAUAGCAAAUACUGUUAAUCCACUAGCUAACACAGUCAUACUCUUAGUUGAC